CCCCGCUUUCCCUAUAGGAUAAGGAAUCAAGACCUUGGUCCAAGUCACACUUGGUCCAAGCCUGUUUUCUCAUCUACAGGAUGGGAGGACUCCUGUGAGCAGCCUCCAUGAGGCCCUGGACCAGUGCAUGACUGCCCUGGACCUGUUCCUUACCAACCAGUUCUCAGAAGCACUCAGCUACCUCAAGCCCAGAACCAAGGAGAGCAUGUACCACUCGCUGACCUAUGCCACCAUCCUCGAGAUGCAGGCCAUGAUGACCUUUGACCCUCAGGACAUCCUGCUUGCCGGCAACAUGAUGAAGGAGGCUCAGUCGCUGUGUCAGAGGCACCGGAGGAAGUCUUCCGUAACAGAUUCCUUCAGCAACCUGGUGCACCGGCCCACUGUGGACCAGUUCACAGAAGAGGAAAUCCACGCUGAGGUCUGCUACGCAGAGUGUCUGCUGCAGAGAGCAGCCCUGACCUUCUUGCAGGAUGAGAACAUGGUGAGCUUCAUCAAGGGCGGCAUCAAAGUCCGAAACAGCUACCAGACCUACAAGGAGCUGGACAGCCUCGUGCAGUCCUCACAGUACUGCAAGGGAGAGAACCACAGGCACUUUGAAGGAGGAGUGAAGCUCGGUGUGGGAGCCUUCAACCUGACACUGUCCAUGCUUCCUGCUAGGAUCCUGCGGCUGCUGGAGUUUGUGGGGUUUUCAGGAAACAAGGACUACGGGCUGCUGCAGCUGGAGGAAGGCGCAUCGGGGCACAGCUUCCGUGCCGUGCUCUGCGUCAUGCUUCUGCUGUGCUACCACACCUUCCUCACCUUUGUGCUCGGUACUGGGAAUGUCGACAUCGAGGAGGCAGAGAAGCUCUUGAAGCCCUACCUGAAUCGCUACCCCAAGGGUGCCAUCUUCCUGUUCUUUGCUGGGCGGAUUGAAGCCAUUAAAGGCAACAUUGACGCAGCCAUCCGGAGGUUCGAGGAGUGCUGUGAGGCGCAGCAGCACUGGAAGCAGUUCCACCACAUGUGCUACUGGGAGCUGAUGUGGUGCUUCACCUACAAGGGCCAGUGGAAGAUGGCCUACUUCUACGCCGACCUGCUCAGCAAGGAGAACUCCUGGUCCAAGGCCACCUACAUCUACAUGAAGGCCGCCUACCUCACCAUGUUUGGAAAGGAGGACUACAAGCCGUUCGGGGAUGAUGAAGUGGAGUUGUUUAGAGCUGUGCCAAGUCUGAAGCUCAAGAUUGCUGGGAAAUCUCUACCCACAGAGAAGUUUGCCAUCCGGAAGUCCAGACGCUACCUCUCCCCCAACCCUAUCUCGUUGCCAAUCCCUGCUCUGGAAAUGAUGUACAUCUGGAAUGGCUAUGCUGUGAUUGGAAAGCAGCCGGCACUCACGGACGGGAUACUUGAGAUUAUCACCAAGGCUGAAGAGAUGCUGGAAAAGGGCCCAGAGAAUGAGUACUCAAUGGAUGACGAGUGCUUGGUGAAAUUGUUGAAAGGCCUCUGUUUGAAAUAUCUGGGCCGUGUCCAGGAGGCCGAGGAGAAUUUCAGGAGCAUCUCUGCCAAUGAAAAGAAGAUUAAAUAUGACCACUACUUGAUUCCAAAUGCCCUGCUGGAGCUGGCACUGCUGUUUAUGGAGCAAGGCAGAAAUGAAGAGGCCAUCAAACUCCUGGAAUCUGCCAAGCAAAACUACAAGAAUUACUCUAUGGAGUCAAGGACACAUUUUCGAAUCCAGGCAGCCACACUCCAAGCCAAGUCUUCCCUAGAGAAUGGCAACAGAUCCCUGGUCUCAUCAGUGUCCUUGUAGCUUUGUGCAGCACUCCCAGGCUGUAAGACUAACAGAGACAGCCGGACAGAGCUCCUGGAAACAUUUCAAAAGAUCCCCUCCCCCUGACCUGCCCUGCCUUUGGAGUCCACCGGUGCUCCAGUGAGAUGGCAUGACAUGGGUAUCCAUGCAGAAGCAAAGCCGGCAUUUUCACCAGUGUGACCAAUGACCUUUGCCAAGGGCAGAGCAGGUGGAGCCUCUGCCUGCCCUAUCACACAUACGGGUACUUGUUUUUCACUGUGAUGUUUAAGAAAAUAUAUGAAUAUUUACAUUUUCCUUACAAAUACUUUAAUGGGAUCAUAGUUGGCUCUGAAAAAAACCCAACCACAACCAACCACCUGUAAAUCUUUGUUUUCACCCAUAUUGAUCUGAAGGUAAAUCUCUUUAUAUGACGCCAAAGGCCAAAUUGCUUUUCAAACUUCAGCAGGGUCUCAGCUUUCAGGGCUGGAAGAACUUUCAGAGGACCUGAGGAAUGCCCAGGAGGGUCUGCACCUCAGGCUUUGACAUUGCUGGGGGUUGGGCACAGAGGCCACACAGAUACCCACUACCUUACUUCUCACGCUUCAUUCCCUUUGUACCUUUCCAGUUUAAAAAUCAAGCAUGUCUUUUUAGUGACAUAAAAUUUGUAGAAAAAUCAAUCACUACCAGUAGGGAAUGGGGACAAGGCCUGACGGAGGAGCUGUGCGGCCUUUUCUGUGCCAAAGCCAGGAAGUUUAGGGGGCGGAAGAGGGAGGUUCUCAGAAACCAGUCUGCAUCCUUGUUGUAUGCCAAAGUGAAACCACUGGGAAUAAUUUAUGAAACAUAAAAAAAAUCUUCUGUACUUCAAGGUACAUUUAUUUACUGAUAGCAUUUUUCUUAAAAACAGAAUGGUUAUUCUUGGCCUGUUGUAUAUGUUUUAGAUUUUUCAGUUAAGAGAAAAAAGAGAUAUUUAAGUAAUAAAAUUUGUACACUUAAGAGAUCAUGCAACAUCUAUUUCAGUAAAAUAUGUGUUGCUUGAUGCAACAUCUAUUUCAGUAAAAUAUGUGUUGCUUGAAUUCUUGGGCAGGGCAGAAAGUCUUGAUCAGGAGCCAAAUGGCCCAUGUAGGUUUUAUUUAGACAACACGAUGUUUUAAAAAUUUUUAAAUAAGUUACCAACAUUUGAAAAUAAGGAGAUUUCACAAAUGAAUCUGGUU